AUUAUUUCUACUUUGAGAAUCUUCUGCCAUUGAGCUUUUUCAAUUCUUUCUUUGAAAUAAAAAGCUGACGUUGACGUUGGUUCGGCGCCAUGAUCUUUCAAUACUUUUGAAGUGUGGUAUGUGCGGGUGUUGCACUAUACAUGGAUAAGUAUGUACUAAAUGCACAGGACAAUGACGACGAUUAAAUGUAGAUACGUGUCCAUUUUCUUUAGUACACCCAAAAGAUUCAAACCUAAUGAUGUAAUUGUUGAAAAAUGGAAGUGGAACCGAAUUAUACAUUUGUGCCUCUUGCUCAAAAGAAUUAUGUAGAAAUGACUAAUAAAACAACGCAAAGUUUGCUUUCUAAAUGGGGAAUAAAUGGAAAUUUUAUUAUCCAACAUUUUUCAUUCAAUGAACCUUUUCAACAGUAUCACAAAUAUCAUUUAGCAGAUGCAUUCUUUAAAGAUAAUAUUGUUCGAAAAAACUUAUUAACAAUGCAAGGAAAUCAUUGGGUAAAACAAGGCAUAACACCAGCCACUGUAGAAAUUAAACCUGUGCCUUGUUCUGUUUUGAGUAUGUCUUUCUUUAAUAAAUUAAAAAAUCCAGAAAAUGGGAUAGUAUAUAAGUCAGGAGCUAUUCGUAAAAAAUAUGACAUGGAAAUUCAUAAUUUUCUAAUUUCUGAUCAUCUCAGAGGAAUGCUAUUAGAUGAAGAGUGUCCAGAAUAUAAUUUAUAUACAAAAGAUGAAAGAGAGGAAUUUAUAUUUCGUAUUUUUCAAAUGCUUGUUUUUGGAGGUAUAUUGUGUCAAUACGAAGAAACAUUAGAUCCAUAUUUAGAUGCUACCAAAGCUAUUUACAAAGAUUUAAUAAGAGUACAAAAACAAAGUGACACAGAUUUAACAGUCAGCACAUUAGUUCUAGAAGUAGUAGCCAAAGAUGGAAAUGGUCAAGCAUAUUUUCCAUGUAAUCCAUCUCACAUACAAAAUAUUGGAUUCCUAUUAGUUGAUAACAGGACUCGUGAAAUUACAACAUUUUUACAUCAAUUUGGAGAAUAUUGUUUAUCCAAGGAAAUAUAAAGUUGUCAGAAGAAUUAUAUACUAGACAACUGGUUAUUCAAUAAAAUGCAUAUAUUGUAUAAACAUUAAAAUACUUGAAUUAUAAUUCUCCUAUAAUAAGUAAUAAUUUGUGCAUUAUGUAUAUUAUACACACUAAUGUAAGAUUAAUGGUAUUUUUAAAAAAGAAGUUUUUGUUAUGAACAUUCUUACCUCGGUUGUACCACAAGUUUCACUCCAUCCUAUAUGUAUAUAUUUACAAAUGUAUUUUACAUUUAAUAUUUUAUCGAAAAUACUUAAUUAGCAGUUAAUAAUUUGGUUUACAUUUGAUUACAUUAAACUGUAGUAAUUAUGCUAUAUGUCUUAUUGCGAUUUGUUUCUCUUAUGGUUAAUAAGUGCGUAUAAUGCUAUAUUCCAUAGACUUGAUAAGUGUUAUAAUAAAUAUAUAAUUACUGAAAACUAAA